AUGAACGGCAGCACAGUGAACUUCACGGGAGGAAACUCCACGAUGUACGAGACUUUCUGGCCGUGUUUCUAUUGGUACGAGGAAAAUAAUGUGGAUUUUGACCAGGCCGUAGCUGCGUGCUCUCAUCUUCCUAAUUUGGUUCUGGAUCAGAACAAGAAAGUCGGGAUCGCCUCCGCUGCUGUCGGGACAGUCGCUCUCCUCAUGAAUGUCGUGGUUUUGUCCGGAGUGCUGAAAAACCAUCAACUCUCUAAACCCAUGUACAUGUUCGUGGCAAAUCUGGCUGUAGCGGACUGCGUGGCGGGUUUGUUUUCUUUCUUCUUCUGCGCAAGUUUCCAGUUGGAAUUCUUUACACUAUGGAUGAGGUUGGGCUUCUACUGUACCUUCUUUGUAGUGUUGGUCUUAUCAGCAGUUGGCGUGGUCCUCCUGUCCAUGGACCGUUAUCUGGCCAUCCUCCACCCAAUAUUCUACCAGACCCGCAUGUCUGGACGACACGUUGCCGUCAGUUUGGGGAUUGCGUGGCCAGCUUCUUUGCUUGUGUGCCUGUCUCCUCUCAUGGGCUGGAACUGCAGCAAUAUUAAGAUAGAGACCUGCUUGAUGAUCGUGCCCGUAAGUUAUCUGAUUCUGACGAAUGCCAUCUUGUUGAUGUCCGUAGUAAUAGUGGUCUUCGUCAAUGUCAGAAUCUUCAUCGAACUGAAGCGACGCUUCUCUAGAACCAGACCGCCCGAGAACUCUCGAGACGAUCUAGAAGACUGUGAGAUGAAGGCAAGGCCGUACUGGGGGUUCCUGAUCGCUCUCUUCAAUUCGGUAGUCAACCCAAUCAUCUACGCGCUCAGGAUCAAAAAGAUUCGGGAAGCCGUGCAUCAUCGGGCCCGACGACUCGCUAACUCGGUUCGUGCAAAGUUUGGGUGGUCAUCAAAUGAAGUGGUCAACAUUCAUCAGAUCGUUGCCGUUGGAGAUGCGCGAGUGAUGGACGCUGUUGCUGGACCAAGUACGGACAGUCGGACUGACCAGCCGCCUAAAUGGGCAGCCAGUCGAAGAGCGAAUCCUAGGGUCGCACUAAGCUAA